UUGUAAUUCUACUUCUUGCGAAAGGCGAGUAAAACACAAACACCUGCAACUCUCCAUUUCGUCAAUAUUACAUGAAUUUUACUAUGAAAUGACAACAUGAUCAGAAGAAACACGUUUAUUUUAGAACAAUUUGCUUUUUAACAGUACUAAUUCUAUUACAUAGAAAGGAGGCCUAAAGUAGAGGAACCAGUAGUCAUGUCAGGAAUAGAUAGACAGAACAUUAUGAGGCUGAGGAUCAACAGGAUCGCCAUAGUCCAGGAGCUGAGGGUGGAGUACAUUCUUAACUACCUCAAAGAUUGUGGUGUCAUCAAUGAAGAUGACCAAAGAAAAAUUGACAUGGGUACAACACCUUCAGAUAAAGCUAGAAGACUAGUUGAUUUACUUCCAUCAAAAACUCAUAUUCAAGAUUGGUAUCAGAGCUUUAGAGAAGCAUUACUGAACCCUGAAGGGGGUCCAGAGGUCAAGAAAAGAUGUAAAGCUAUGGUUGAAUUUCUUGAUAACACAGUCAUACAUAGACCAACAUCCCAGAACUCUCGCUUCAGUGGAUCAGAUGCCUCUUCUAUGAAAUUACCACAUUACGAACCAUUACCAAUGAUUCAUGACAAGGAACCAAGAAAGAGCAUUCCACAAAAUGUCUUGAAUUUAGAGAGUGAGAGACAUAAAGGGACUGUCAUGGCUGCUAAAGAAGACUAUACAGCAGAGAAAGGAGUAAGAGAUGUAGUACCAGAGAGAGAGGAUAAAAUGAUUCCUUGGAGCAGUGAUCAGAUGGACUCCAUGACACUAGUGAAAGGAUUCUUCCAACAAUGGGUUACCACACCAGAUAACUUUAGAUCAUUAAUACAGGUACCAGAAGAUCAUUUCAAAAGGUUGCAGGAGUCAUCUGCUCCAGAAGAUAAAGAACAGCUUGCUGCAGAAACAAAAACGUUGGAAAAAAUGAAAAAAUUAGAACUUGUUACAGUAAUGGCUAGGAGAAAACUUCUGCCUGAAGGUUUUGAACUGUGUAUGUGUGAUGUUGUUCAUGAAGUUCUCUUUGAUAAGGACAAUUAUCACUUUUACUUUAAAUAUUUGAAAAAUUUAGAACUUUCUGAUGUGAAUUUAAUGGUAGAUGUUGUUAGUUCCUUUGCUUCUAUUAUGAAUAACAUGGAGCCAACCAAGGGAGGAGUAAACAUGGAACAAGCUGUGAAGUUGGGAUUUAAUCUGAUAGAUUUUGUAGCUGAGUAUGGUUAUUUUACUCAGGCAGAGGUGAUUAUGACAGUAUUGUUGAUGGUUCUUAACAAAUCACAAAACAUGGACACAUGGAUGGCAAAAUAUAGAGGUUUGGUUAAACUGAUGCAUUUCCGCAAUAUGAACUAUGAUUUUCAGGGAGUUCAGAUGGCCUACAAUUUAUCCAAUGAAUUAAUGUGGAAAAUAGACAUGAUGUCAUUUGGUCAGGAUCUAGUUGAUAAAGGAGAAUACUUUAUUGAGUUGAGCACUUUAAUGUUGGAAUAUGGCUCAGCAAACGCUUCAUUUGGUUAUAUACAAAAGGCAAUGAAGGAAGUGAAAACUGAGGAUCCCGCUAACAUUGUCCAUGCCUUGUGUCAAGCUGUUAUGGUUUACUCUGCCAAGUGGAGCAUUAAAAGAGCAGAAACACUGGCUGUAGAAGCUGUGCAACAGGCAAAGGAACACUUUGGCUGUAGACAUCCACUGUACAUCAAAGCCUUGCUUCACUUUUGUCAUUUCUCUAGUGAAUUUAAACAAGACCAACCAGGUGUAGACGUGGCUAAGCAUACAUUGGAUACAGCUAAGAUAGUCUAUGGUUGUGAGACCAUUCAGCUCGCUCUGGCUCACAGAGCUCUAGCUAAAGCAUUACUUGUAGUACAGAAGUUUGAUAACAUGGAUUACUAUCACCAUGCUACAGAAGCUCUGAGGAUGGCAAGAGGUCUACUGCCUGACAAACAUCCAAUGUUACAUCUUUUUUUACACACAUCAGCUUCAGCUUUACAAUGGAAAGCUCUACAUUCCUCUAAAGACCUACAGAAUUCAACACUACGACUAGCAGAAACACAGGCCAUUGAUGCUUUAGAAAUUGUGGCUAUUCAUUACUCAGAAAUUAGUUUAUGUACAGCUAGAAUGUGUGUACUGCUCGGUCAAAUAAAAUCAAAAAUGGACAUGGUAGAAGAGGCGGAUGAACUACUACAUAGAGCUAUCAUCUACAUGAAGCUUUGUCAACCAGAGAACAGCAAUUAUCUCCUCUUGGCAAUGGCUACACUAGCAACAUUACACAAAAUCUUCAAUAAACCAAAGGAAGCUGUUAAUUUGUUCAGUCAUGUUGUUACACAUGUUGAUUCAUCUGGUGUAUACCUGAAGUGGGUCCAUGUUUGUUAUGAUCACCUGAUCAACACACUACAGUCUCUGAAUCAGAACAAAGAAGCUGAUGAGUUCCAGAUUCAGCUGUCCCAAUGGCUACGGGACAAUCCUGUAUACGACAAACAGAUCACAAUGGAAGAUCUAACUGCCAAACCAGAACCUUUCUCAAAAUUCUUAGAUAACUUCAAUGUUUGGGAAAAACGUACCAAAAAAGUUUUGGACUUUGCCAAGAAGGUGGUGGCAGCUGGAGAAGUCAAGUCAUAGUUUGAUUUGUAUUUACAGCCUAAUUAGCUGUGAAUAACUUCUGUGAUCCUCUAUGAAAUGAUCUGUUUAAAUGAUAUUUUUAUUGUAUGUUUUGGCAUCUCGUCCAUCAUUUGUGUCAAACUUCUUUAAAAUGUGAUAUUUAUGGUUUAUAUAUUUAUGAUACUAUAGAUAUUAAAACAAUUAAUUGAUUGUGCACCAAAUUAUUCUGUUUUUUCUUGAUUGAUUUCAUAUAAUUGAUAAGAAAUAUAUUCAGAUUCAAAGUUUUCUACCUACACACAAACUCAUGAUAACAAUCAUAUUUUCCACUCUGACAUAUUUCUAGAAGAAAAAUUAGCAUAAUAUUU